AUGAUUGAUGAGAAUUUGCAGCAAUCAAAUAAAGGUGCAGUGACUUUCAAAUGGGAUGUAUUGAAGGAGAAUGCAGGGAUCUGGGGGGAGGCAGACUUCGUUAAAACUGGUUUUGUCGACCUUAUAAAUACCACCAAAGAUACCACUGAUUAUCUGUGGCACACAACAAGAUCUGCUUUUGCUUCUUCUUCUGGUAAUGUUGGAGAGUUUCGGUUUCAAUACAUUAUAUAUGUUGGUGAAAAUGAAGAGUUCCUAAAGAAUGGAAGCAAACCAGUUCUUCUAAUAAAUUCCACUGGUCAUGCUCUCCAUGCAUUCGUGAAUCAGGAGUACCAAGGCACCGGAACUGGAAAUGGUACACAUUCGCCAUUCUUUUUCAAGAAUCCUAUUCCUCUGAGGCCAGGGAAGAAUGAGAUUGCUUUAUUAUGCUUGACCGUUGGCUUACCGACUGCUGGACCAUUUUAUGACUUCCUCAGAGCAGGACUGAUAAGUGUAAAGAUUAAGGGAUUCAACAAUGGGACAGUAGAUUUGUCUUCUAGUGCCUGGAGUUACAAGAUCGGAGUACAAGGAGAACAACUGAAGUUAUACCAGGGAGACGGGUGGAGUAGUGUGAAGUGGACAACCACAUCCGAACCACCUAAAGGGCAGGCAUUAACAUGGCCGUCGUGGAUGCUCCGUCCGGGGAUGAACCAAUUGGAUUGGAUAUGUUGCAUAUGGGAAAGGGUCUAG